UGUUUAUUGGCGAUUUGUACUGUAUGUCACGAAUUGCUGGUUUAUCUAUGACGCUAGAAAUUACACAAAAAACGGCAAGGAAAAGAACCUCAGCCAUUCGUGUGCAUUACGGUUAGCUGGUUAGUAGUGCAGGAGUAUUCGUGGUUAACUGGAUGUGAGUUUUGAUCGUCAUGUGACUCUGGGUGGCUGGACACUCCUCAUGGCACUAAGACAAGAGGUCCUGUCCCUUUAUCGAAAACUGCUGCGCGCAGCCAAGACAUGGCAAGCAAGCACUAAGCUUAUGAAGGAUACCAGGGAAGAACGACAGUACAUCCAGGAUGAAGCACGUACACUCUUCAGAAAAAAUAAGCAGGUGACAGAUCCUGAGAUGAUUAGGAUCUACAUUCAGGAGGCUGAAGCAAGACUGGCAAUGGCAUUACAUUAUCAAAGUCCCUAUCCCAGGCCGGUAAAUAUUCCACCAAUGGGCCUAACACCCUCGGUGAGUCGAGGGAAAAAAGCACAAGACAGACUGAGGCAGAGAGCUAAGCCUGUGUAUUUGCAGUCUCAUGAUGAGCACUGACAGAAACCACCACCUGCCACAACUCCACUUGACAGGCUCGUUAUGCUUAUACAAUAUUACUUUGGCUCUUGUUUUUUAAGAUGAAAAAUCACAGUCCUUCAAUUCUUUCAAGUCCAAAUAUUUCUUUUCAAAAUGAAAUUUUUUUUAAAUGAAAGCACACUUGAGACAAUCUUUUCAUCUUAAACUUACAAAGCUUUCUUAAUUGUGGUAUGAUCACUGCCAUGAACAGCGGUUUAGUAAUAAGUAGCUUUCAAAUUUGACCCCAACCCCCAGGGCAUGUAAAACUCAUGUCUGCUUUGGAAGAUUGGGGACUGUUUGAACGUGAGUUCAUGUCUGAAACUGGCUUCCAGACCUACAGGUAUGUCUGUUGUCAGUGCAUCUCUGUGUAUUUCAGUGGAACAAAAACUGAGACCUAGCUCUAGACGACAGGUUUGGAUGCACCUGUGAGCUCAGCUGCUUUACUGAAUGUUUGAAACAUCUUUGUUCAUUGUUCCUCAGCCUUACUGAAGUUGCUGACACCUUUUUUGAAAUGUUGUAUUUAUAAAAUAAAGGAAACGAAACACUUUUUGAAAACCAA